CCUGAGGUUCUCCCGAGGUCCCCCCAAGGUUCCUGAGGUUCUCCUGAGGUUCCCGAGGUCCCCCCAGGGCUGUCCCGUGCCCCUCCCGCAGCUCGGCUCCCAUGCCCGGCCCGCGAUGGAGCUCGGAGGGGACGCGGUGCCCUGCGGGAAGGACAAAUUCAUCUCCAGGAAUGAGCUGCUCCUGCACCUGAAGACCUACAACAUCUACUACGAGGGGCAGAACCUGCAGCUGCGGCACCGGGAGGAGGAGGGGGAGCUGAUCGUGGAGGGGCUGCUGAACAUCUCGUGGGGGCUGCGCCGCCCCAUCCGCCUGCAGAUGCAGGACGACAACCAACGCAUCCGCCCGCCGCCCUCCUCCUCCUCCUGGCACUCGGGCUGCAACCUGGGCGCCCACGGGUCCGUGCUGAAGCCCAGCACCCUGCCGGACAUCCCUCUGGCCGAUGGAGACAGCGCGCCCGGCAUGGAGAACCCCGGGAACGGCGCAGCCCCCAGGCCGGCGGAGGAGGCUCCACAGCUGAUGAGAACCCGCAGCGACGUCGGCGUCCGGCCCCGCGGCAGCGCCCGCACGCCCGGGGAGCAGCGGCGGCUGCGCCGGCACCGCUUCUCCAUCAACGGCCACUUCUACAACCACAAGACCUCGGUGUUCACUCCCGCCUACGGCUCCGUCACCAACGUGCGCAUCAACAGCACCAUGACCACGCCGCAGGUGCUCAAACUGCUCCUCAACAAGUUCAAGAUCGAGAACUCUGCAGAGGAGUUUGCUCUGUACAUGGUGCACACGAGUGGAGAGAAGCAGAAGCUGCGCGGCAGCGAUUUCCCCCUGCUCGCCCGCAUCCUGCAGGGCCCCUGCGAGCAGGUGUCCAAGGUGUUCCUCAUGGAGAAGGACCAGGUGGAAGAGGUCACCUACGACGUCGCCCAGUACAUCAAAUUUGAGAUGCCCAUCCUCAGGAGCUUCAUCCAGAAGCUGGAGGAGGAGGAGGAUCGGGAAGUGAAGAAGCUGAAGCACAAAUAUUCCAUCCUGCGGCUGAUGAUCGAGCAGAGGCUGGAGGAGAUUUCCGAGGGCCCCACGGCGAUGUGAGCGUCCGUGGGAUGCUCGGCACCGAAUUCCCAACCCCAAAAUCUCUCGAAUUCCAACCCCAAAAUCUGCCAGUGAAUCACCGAAUCCCAACCCCAAAAUCUCCCGAAUUCCAACCCCAAAAUCUCCCCGUGAAUCACCAAAUUCCAAUCCCAAAAUCUCCUGGUGAAUCACCAAAUCCCAAACCCAAAAUCUCCCGAAUUCCAAUCCCAAAAUCUCCCAGUGAAUCACCAAAUCCCAAACCCAAAA